UUCCACACCCAGUUGCCAGUACCAAUUACACCUCUCUCUGACUCUCUUCUCCAUUCUUUUUCUAUCUGUUUCUGCAUACACUCUACACUCGAUCAUGGGAACUCAGACUUCAAAUGAUGAGAACUUCACCGUCCCUAACAAGCAAAAGGAGAAGCAAAUCGAUGAUUGGCUUCCCAUCACUUCUUCUCGGAAUGCCAAAUGGUGGUACUCAACCUUCCACAAUGUCACCGCCAUGGUUGGAGCUGGAGUCCUCAGCCUGCCUUAUGCAAUGUCAGAGCUCGGAUGGGGUCCUGGUGUCGCUGUACUUGUUCUAUCCUGGAUCAUCACUCUCUACACAUUAUGGCAAAUGGUUGAGAUGCACGAGAUGGUUCCAGGGAAGCGAUUUGACAGGUACCAUGAGUUGGGUCAGCACGCCUUCGGUGAGAAGCUCGGCCUGUGGAUCGUCGUACCCCAGCAACUGAUUGUCGAAGUUGGUGUCAACAUAGUUUACAUGGUUACCGGUGGCAAAUCGCUUCAGAAGUUUCACAAUACUGUGUGCAGCAGCUGCAAAGACAUUAAACUCACCUAUUUCAUCAUGAUCUUUGCUUCUGUUCACUUUGUGCUCUCUCAACUCCCCAACCUCAACUCCAUCUCGGGUGUCUCCUUGGCAGCAGCAGUCAUGUCCUUAAGCUAUUCAACCAUUGCCUGGGGAGCUUCUGUUGAUAAGGGGGUUCAACAUGAUGUGCAAUACGGCUACAAAGCCUCAACCACAGCAGGAACAGUCUUCAACUUCUUUAGCGCCCUGGGUGAUGUAGCAUUCGCCUAUGCUGGGCACAAUGUGGUCUUGGAGAUCCAAGCAACCAUCCCCUCUACCCCAGAGAAUCCAUCCAAGAAACCCAUGUGGAAGGGUGUCAUCUUCGCCUAUAUCAUCGUCGCUGCAUGUUACUUCCCAGUUGCUCUAAUUGGCUACUGGGUAUUUGGGAACAGUGUCGACGACAACAUUCUCCUCUCACUGGAGAAGCCUGCUUGGUUAAUCGGCAUGGCUAACAUUUUUGUUGUCAUCCAUGUUAUUGGAAGUUAUCAGAUUUAUGCUAUGCCAGUGUUCGACAUGAUAGAAACCGUGUUGGUAAAGAAACUGCAUUUCACGCCUGGACUUAGACUUCGCUUGAUUUCACGAAGUACAUAUGUUGCAUUGACGAUGUUCAUUGCUAUGACAUUCCCCUUCUUUGGUGGCCUUCUUGGAUUUUUUGGAGGGUUUGCUUUCGCCCCAACGACAUACUUUCUCCCUUGCAUCAUGUGGCUUGCCAUCUACAAGCCAAGAAGAUUCAGCCUAUCUUGGUUUGCUAACUGGAUAUGCAUCAUUCUUGGCGUUUUGUUGAUGAUUAUAUCCCCUAUCGGUGGGCUAAGGCAGAUAAUCAUUCAGGCCAAAACCUACAAGUUUUAUUCGUGAUCCUCUUCCGCCAACAAAGGGUCUGAAUUAGAGAGGGAUGAGCUCAUGAUAAUGUAGAUAGUGGCAAUAAUCUGACUGGAUGGAGAGAUUUUCUUUUAGUCAAUGGGGACUAAUACUCUGGAUCAUUUAUUAGUUUCAACUUUCAAUAUUGGUCCAAAGGGCUUAUUAUAAAGAGCACUGUAGAUGGGGAUUACCUUGGUCCUUAAUAUUAUUAGUUUCAGUAUUAUUGGCCAAAAGGGCUAUUAUAAAGAGCAAUGUAGAAGAGGUCUCUUUCCUGGGUUCCUAUUGUUUUCUGUUUCUUUGUAUUGUAUGGGUACAUCCUUUCUUGUUUAUUUCUAAAUUGAGUUUAUGAUUUUGAUGAUGAUGAAUUCUUCCA